ACAGCAGGACAGCAUGGCCUUUCGUAAGUGUGUACAGGUCCUGCUCCGUUCCAGCUUGGCUCCGUUGUGCCACCCAGGAUCCACGAGGACCCAUCCAAGAUUUCUUCACACAGUUCCCAGACUCUGCAGUCAAUCCCAGCCAAAUGGUUCCUCGGGCUCUAAAGUGCUGGUGCACUUUGUAAAUCAGUCGGGGGUAAAGAGCAGUGUGUUUGUCACAGAGGGAGAGACUCUUCUAGACGUUGUCAUCAAGAAGAAUCUUGACAUCAGUGGCUUUGGAGCAUGCGAGGGCACUCUGGCCUGUUCCACCUGUCACCUGAUAUUUGAGGAGAGUGUGUAUGACAAACUGGAGCCAAUGGUGGAUGAAGAGGUUGACAUGCUUGAUUUGGCUUACGGACUCACCAAGACAUCUCGUUUGGGGUGUCAGGUGACUGUGGAGCGCUGGAUGGACGGAAUGACAGUUCACGUUCCGCAAGAGAUCAAAGAUCAGCGAGGAAAACAAGAGGCAGUGAGAAGCAAAUGAUACACAAGCAGUAACAUGUUCAAUUUCCAUGUUAACUUAACUCUUAAUAUACAGUAAGAUCUGUUUUUCUUUUCCAAUGCUGUUUUUGUUUUAUUCUGUUUUGAAGCAUGUGAACAUGGUACUUUGAAAUUACACAAAACAAUAAAAUGAAUGUGACCCACUAGUAUGCCUCUGUAUAUCACCCCAAAAAAAUCUUAACACAGCCACGAAUAGGGUGAAUAUUUCUUUCCUUAAAUGGGUCAUGACAUGAGAAAUUCAUUUUGCCUUGAUCUUUUGCCGCAGCUAGGCUUUUGACUG